AUGGGGGUGAGUAUGUCGCUCUGGAACGAUUCCGAUACGAAUUUGAAGACGAGCCCCAAGCCGAGCCUGGAGAAGAACAUUCCCGCCCAGUCGCUACGAAUACAAAGCAAGACCUUGUGGCUUUUCUCGGACCGGGUCUGGCCCAUUCCCCAGUCCCGGGCCAAUGCGCCUCUUGUUGGUGUGGCAGCCCACGACCGUGACCAGAUCCUCAAUGACUUCUCAGAGAACUCAACAUCUGGUCGCGUCGGUGGCUUCUUAAUCAUCGCUCUCCUCAUCAUCACCACCGGUCUCAUCAUCGUUGCAAUGCUGGGCAAGGAUCAGUCGCUGGAGAGCGUCGAGCUCGUGACGGACAUCACUGCUUGCGUCAAGCGAUAG